AUGAUCACCAUCACCAAACCGCAACCAUCAUCAUUACCAUCAAAAUCAUCACAAUCACCAUCACCAAACCACAAACAUCACCAUCACCAAACCACAAACAUCACCAUCACCAAACCACAACCACCACCAUCACACAACCAUCACCAAACCACAAACAUCACCAUCACACAACCAUCACCAAACCACAAACAUCAUCAUCACCAAACCACAACCACCACCAUCACACAACUAUCACCAAACCACAAACAUCACCAUCACACAACCAUCACCAAACCACAAACAUCAUCAUCACCAAACCACAACCAUCAACAUCACCAUCAAAAUCAUCCCCAUCACCAUCACCAAUAA